AUGCAGGGCGCCUAUCCCGCUUCGCCCGCCGCACUAGCCACCAAUAUCUUCAGCACCAUCUACCCGCAGAACGAGAAGUACCACAAUAUACAACGUCCAACGGACAAUUUUUCCAACAAAUUCUUCGGAUCAGAAGCACUCAGCACUCGCUUCGCUGAACCGUUCUCCGAGAACUACCAGCAAACUGAAGGCAUCAAUUUCCCCAACUACGAAACCCACAAGUCUGAAGGAUAUCAGGACCUCAGCGGAACGACAGUGGAGUGUGAUUAUAGUGAAGUUAAAAAGAGAAAGAAAAAGAAGAGACAGGGGAAAUAA